GUGUGUGUGUGUGCGUGUGUGUGUAUAAAAGCGUCUCUCUCCAUGCUUUCAGUUCACUCUCAGUUCUCCAUUGCAUUGCAGAGAGGACGGACUCAAGUCUGAGGAGAGGGGAGGGGGACACGACCAGAGGAGAUUCCUGAGAGACAUUUCUGUGACCUUCCCUCUCUUCCUUCUUUCUUUCUUUCAUUCAUUCCUUCACAAUGUGUUUUGGCUCUCUUUCCUUUCCUCCUCCUCCUCCUUCAUCUUCUUCUUCUUCUUAAUCAUUUUUCUGCUCUGCUUGGACGGUGGCUGCAUCGAUGCAAAAUGGGUUGUGGCAAUUCCUCAGUUACCAGCGGCACAGAAGGGGGGCCAGCAGAUGCCUCCAAAGAAGUGACAGAAGAUCCUCCGGUAGACGAUGAGAAAAGAAGGAACUAUGGUGGUGUGUACGUGGGUAUACCCACAGACAUGACCACUGUGGCUACUAGUCAGUCCAAGUCCACACAUUCAGACUAGCAGCGGCUGGAGGAAAGUCAACACGGGUACACUGCUUGCUCAGCUCUGCGUCGUGUGAUGCAAACGACUUCAUUCUUUGUCUCAGCAGGAUCCUGCAUAUUCAUUCACCCAGAGUUAGUCACGUUAUAAUCAAGGAGCAUGUAAGUGCUCUGAAUCACUACACACUGGCAAAAACUCUCAGGCUUUAACACUCUUCAUUGAACGAGGACGCCGCCUCAUGGAGUCAUGGUGUCGCACACAGUGACGCACAGCGGAGGUCUGCACACGGCAUCCCUCAUCAUCACCCUUCACUUUGCAAAAAAAAGAAAAAAGAUGAGCAUCAGAGCAGAAAAGCGCCCACCCUAGGACUGGCAGCUGUGGGCAGCUGUGGGCAGCUGUGGGCAGCUGUGGGCGGUGGUAGCAGCGGUGGCAGCGGGCAUUGCGACGGCCAUCUUGGUUCCGUGGUCGCAGCGCUGGAACGUUGUCUUUCUUUCUCAGGAGAAGACAGGGGGAACACAGCCAGCUCACUCACGUGAUGAACUGUCAGGGACUUGCUCACAUUCCCUGUUGCCCUCUGCAAUAAUAAUCACUGCUCAGUUAUUUCUCUAAAACACCAUCAAUGAUUCAUUGUGUGACGGAGACAGAGACAGAGAGAAUCCUGAGUUUCACAGACAGACAGCAGCAGACACUUCCCUGAAAUGCGUCACAGAACCUUGCAGUGCAUAAAUAACUGAUUUCCGUUGACACUGGGCUAAACUCUCAUAACAGCAGCGGGUUUAGUCAAAUGUGUUUUUAUUAGACUCCCUUCAACCUAACUAUAUCCUGAGUGUAGCAGCCAGGUCGUACCUGUUUGUGCCCCAGACUGAUGAUGUAACAUCAGCGUAUGAGUCAUGAUACUCUCUCUCUCUCUCUCUCUCUCUCUCUCUCUCUCUGCAGAAGAACUCUGGGUAAUUCACACAGCUCUUAUAAUCUUUCUCAGAAUAUACAAAAGAAGAAACACAGUUUGUUCAUAUCUCACAAAAUAACCAGAUUUUAUAAAGCAAAAAAUCUCCUCAAAUGAUCUUCAGUUGCAUAAAAUAUAGUACAUAGGAUCCAGAGUAUGAAUGGAAGCGGACAUUAUACCCCUCCCCCCUUUGUCUUGGUUUAUUGCAUUGCUUUGUAACACAUGCACUGAUUUUAUUACUUUUUGUAAACAUGAUGUAUAUCAAACUUAAUUGUGAAUGUUGUUUUACUGUGUGUAUUAUUUAAAUGAUGAAUUUUUAUUAAUUUUACUCAUUGUCCACAAAUCCUAUAAGAAAAACUAAAACAUCCAUCCAGUAUCUAUACAUCUUAUCCUUUGAGGGCUGCACAUGGAGCUGGAGCUAAUCCCCGCUGAGAUGGGAGGACAGGCAGGGUUCACCCUGGACAGGUCGCCAGCAAACAACUGGUCUUCAAUUAAUCUAAUCCCAUUCUGCAUGUCUUUGGACUGUGGGAAAACCCCAUGCACUCAAACUGGGAGCCUUCUUGAGGUGAGGCCACAAGAUCCUUUUUCUUUUCCUUUGAAGUUUGCUCCUCUGUCCGUGGCACUCAACGAUCAUUCUAGGUAUAGGAGAGGUAAAUCCUUGAAUUGGUCACAAAUAAGAUUAAAAAAUAAGGCUCAGUCAUUUUCUAAAACAAGUGCUCGAGAAUCAGUAAAAAGUGCAUUUGUUUGGCUCUAUUUUCAGCUGUGGAGUAUUUACAGCAGGAUGGUGUAUGUGGGUCUGGCAGUAAAUUACAGUGCCCAGGAACAUGUCACGCGCAAAAAUUAUGUGACUAAAUAAUUUGAUAGUACUCGUACAACAAUGGAGAAAUUAGAUACGUCAUGCUUUUAACACAACACUUGUUUGAAGGAUCAAUUCAUCGUUAGUUUUGGAUAUUUAAUGGAAUUUGAUGACAAUAUAUAGAAUGUAUAUAGAAUCACACUAGCCCCAAUCCUCUAAUAGCACAUUAUAGUGUCUUACACACACACACACACACUCCAUACAUUACUGGAAGGGUAUUUAGGGCCAAGGUCAUUUGUCAGCCAGGCUCUUGUCUGUUCUCUCCUCUAAUGACUGCAACCUCCCCACUCACCAGGAGCCUGGAGGGGUGUGGAAAUAAGCCGCCUUCAAACACUUGAGAUUCAAGAGAUGCUCAAAAAAAUGUUGCCUUGACUCCCUUGAAUGAUCAGUCACAUUAAACUUGGGAUUUUUUUCACCAGGCCUGAAUAAAAGGCUGAAUAUUUGAAUGUUAUUAUUUACUGAGAGAUGUGAAUCCAUAUAACCAUAGACUGUAUUUAAGAUAAACAACCCUGACUUAGAGGCCAGAUGAUAAUUGUUGAAUCUUUUAAUGAUGUGCACCAAUAAGGAGUGCCAUUAGGACCUUAUGUUGUCUGGACUGGUCCCCACAGACAUUGCUGCUGGGAAGAGUUUCAUUUCGUGCCCACACAUGUUCGCGUAAGCUGAAGUCUAUAGACACCAUUGCCCAUCAGCGUUUAUCAAACGUAAUUAAAAGCAGUUUUUGACUCUCACGUCUGUCGAGCACAAAGUCACAGACGCAGCCCUGGAAGUGGCUGACAAGCAACACACAGGCCGAGAGCCCAGGAGAUGUGGCCUACUGCCCGGCUUGGUUAAUGAGACAGAGAGAGACGCACCAUCGAUGUUAUUUGUUGACAUCAAACUUAUAGAGGAGAGUGCACACGUUUAUCUGAUUGCAGUUCGAGCAAUUCACCCUUGUGGUGUUUAUUUAUUUCUCUCUUUUUGUGACCAAGGAUAAUUCUGCUUCAUCCUCUUAUUGACUGGCACCUGUUUUGACAGGAGGGGGCAGCUGGGUCCUUGUGUAACUUAUUGGGUCCUACCCCACCCCCUUGUAAGUCUAUGUGGACGCCCGUGUUUACUGUCUAUGUGUGUUUUCAUGGGGAUGCAGCUCAGAAUGGAAGACACCCAUAUGCAGCUAAGCUUUCGGAUUUCAGUGUCUUAUCACUGUAAGCCAUUUGCCAUCAUUGCUGCAGGGUUCACCUGUCUAGAGGUUAAAUACACCACAGAUACAAAGAGCUGUUUUAUGUACUGUGUAACUUGUAUGUUAUAUAUUUCUAUACUCUAUUUUUACCCUUUUCUUUGAUUUCUAUAUUUCCUUUCUGCGUCAGUCCCUUUACCAGAGGCUGCUGGCUUGUACACAGUGUCUCCCUGCCUGUCUCUCCCUCUUUUAUCAGCCCCUCUUUGCCCUUUAUGGUUGUUCCUCCUGAAUAUGAUGAAUGUCGUUGCCUUUGCCUCAUUCAAUUAGUGUAACAGGUAUAAGGGGGCAGGAUGCUGAUGAAUAACAGAGUCCGAUGUUGUUCGGUUGUAGUAAAGAUGGAGGAUGUGUUUGAGAGGUCAGAGAAAUAGUUGGACCACUCUCACAUAUCUACAUUAAAUAUGAGGCCACUGCAUGGUCAGAUACAUUGGCAUGGCAUGGAGUCUGGAAACAGAUGCAAUCAGCUGGCAUAACUCCUGCCAACACAUUUAACAAUAACUAAUUAUCAUCAUUUAACAGUUUAAUUACAUGUCUAACAAACCAGAUACAACAUGAGCAGGCAGAUGUUUUGUCUUUGGACUGACCCAUGCUAGCUAUAUCCAGUCUUCAUGCUAAGCUAUACUAACUGUCAGCUGAUCAUACCUGGAUGUUUACUGUAUAGACAUAAACAUCUUCUCAUCUAACAUCAAACUAAAUCACAACCGAGCACAUAAUGUCUCUAAACUAUGUCUCUAAUGUCCACUGAUGCGGUAAUUAACGCAAACAACUUGUUGUCAAUGCAGCUGUGAAUUGUUUUAAAUGAAUGCACUGAAGAGGAUGUAUGUAUGUGUGUGUGUGUGAUGGAUAAUGUGGUGAGCUGCUAGGGGAAGGUUUAGGAGACCCAGAUGUGUUUCAGCAGUGGCAGUUUACUGAUGCAUCGAGGAGAGAAGAGACGGACAGCGUGUGAUGCCACCCUGUGAAGGGUCUCCUCUCCAGGGCAUAAUUACACCCAAAAUAUCCAGUCAUCCCCGAAUAGAUGUACAAUCACCAUAUCCAUCAAUGAUGCUGAUAUGACCAGCUUGUCUGUGAUUGUCUGAUUCAAUUAUUUAUGAUUAAACACUUUUAUAUUGUC